AUGGUCCGGAUUUUAGUUUGUUACAUACCAAAGCAAAUUGGGAACCUUACUAUGCUGAGAACAUUAUAUAUUGAUUCCAACAAUUUGACAGGAAACAUUUCGUCUUCUAUCUUCAACGUUUCCUCAUUGGAAUUCAUAUACCUCGGCGACAAUAAUCUGUCUGGAAGCCUACCAGCGAAUUUGGACAAUUUACUCAACCUCCAAGUGUUGUCUGUUAAAAGCAACAACAUAAUAGGUUCCAUACCGAAGCAAGUUGGUAACCUCACUUCAUUACUAUUUCUAGAUUUGGGUGACAAUAAGUUGACAGGUGAAUUGCCGAAAGAGCUUGGAAAUCUAGCAGAGCUCGAGUUAUUAGCCACACCCUUCAACGAUUUCUUGACCGGUCCCAUCCACUUUUCCAUAUUCAACUUAUCAAAUUUGACGAUACUCGAUCUUCAACAGAAUCACUUUUCUGGUGAAAUUCCGACCUCUAUCAUCAAUGCUUCUCAGAUAAUCGCUAUAGAAUUGAACAGAAACUCAUUCACUGGUCCCAUUCCCGACUUCGGUAAUCUAAGACAGCUUGAAGACCUUCGCCUUUGGGAAAAUAAUCUGACUGGAGCAGAAUUGCCAAAUCAAGAACUGGGAUUUCUGUCUUCUUUAACAAACUGCCCAAAUUUGAAUUGGUUGGAUAUUAGUAACAAUCCGAUGAUGAAUGGUAUCCUUCCGGCUUCCAUUGGGAACUUAUCUACUUCUCUUGUGACCUUUUCAGCAUCCAACUGCAGCAUCAGAGGCAUUAUUCCUCCAGAAAUUGGAAAUUUGAGGAAUUUGCAGGCCUUGGAUUUAUCCAAGAAUCAACUCACAGGAUCCAUCCCAACCACAAUUGGAAAUUUGAGGAAUUUGCAGGCCUUGGAUUUAUCCAAGAAUCAACUCACAAGAUCCAUCCCAACCACAAUGGGGAAACUGAAUCUACUUGGAAAAUUAUAUCUUUAUGAUAACCAGCUACAAGGAUAUAUCCCUCAUCAGCUUUGCCAAAACAGUACUUUGGUGGAGUUAGAAUUGAGUCUUAAUGAGCUCACUGGUUCAAUACCUGAUUGUUUGGGAGAUAUUAAAUCCCUCCAAAGAGUCUCUUUUGCCUCAAACAAGAUGAAUUCUACACUCCCUUCCAACUUUUUAAAUCUUCCAAAGCUCAUAGAUCUCGACUUGUUCUCAAACUAUUUGAGUGGUCAAAUUCCUGAUCAAAUAGCAAGUUUAAUUGCUAUCACCUAUCUUGACUUGUCCUUUAAUAAGUUUUCAGGCUCUGUUCCCAAAUCGAUUGGCAACUGCGAGAAUCUGGUAUACCUAGGUUUAUCAAACAACAGUUUUGAAGGAGUGCUUCCACAGAGUUUAGGGAACAUCAAGAAAUUGGAGGUCUUGAAUUUAAACCAGAACGACUUUCAGGGAAUCAUUCCGACUACAUUUUCAAAGGGUUGUAGUCUUAAGUCACUCAACUUGAAUGAUAAUAAGUUGGAAGGAACACUACCCCAAUCCCUCUACAACUGUCAAAGUCUGCAGGUUCUUGAUAUUGGAAACAACAGAAUACAAGACACCUUUCCAGUUUGGAUGGAAAAUCUCACUGAUUUUCGGGUCCUCAUAUUGAGAUCUAACAACUUUAGUGGUACCAUUUCUUCUCUCACUUCAAAGCCUAGGCUUCCAUUCUCCAACCUACAAGUUUUUGAUAUAUCCCAUAAUGCAUUCAUUGGUAACCUGCCCUAUCGAUAUCUGAUGAAUUUCAAAGCGAUGAUGAAAGUACAAAAGAAUCAUCGAGUAUUUUAUACAGAGUCAUUCAUAUUGACAGUGAAAGGUUUGGACCUAGAAUAUGAGAGAAUUCUGACAACAACAAUCGACAUGUCAUCCAACAGAUUUUCAGGCAGUAUCCCAAACUCCAUUGGAAGUUUGAAUUCCUUGAUAUCUUUGAAUCUGUCUCACAACUGCCUCACAGGAGGUAUACCUGCAUCUCUUGGAAACAUCACAGAACUCGAGUCGUUGGACCUGUCUUCAAACCAAUUGGAAGGGAAAAUUCCAACAGAGCUUACAAAACUCACAUUUCUUUCUACGGUGAACUUUUCCAUGAAUAAUCUUUCAGGGAAGAUACCUCAAUCCAGUGGCCAGUUUCCCACAUUUGACAAUAAAUCCUAUGUUGGAAAUUCUGGACUAUGUGGAUUUCCAUUAACACGGAAAUGUGAAGAGCCUUUGCCUUCAGAGAUGCUGGAAGAAGGUGAUCAUGAUUAUGGUAUUCUAGAGGGAUUCUGUUGGCAGGCAGUUGUUUCUGGGUAUGGAUGUGGAUUCGUAAUCGGUGUGACUGUGGGUUGUGUGAUUCUUGGGUAUGGAAGGCCUAAAUGGUUGUUGGAAUGGAUCUACAGAUUUUACAGGAUAAAGAUGAGAAGCAGUAGAGGAAAUGUGACACCACAAAGAAGAAGAAGAUAA